AAAAUUUUUAGCAAGUUUGGCGCCGCGGCUCCCAAGGCGAGUAGUAUUUCUGUCGUUCCCUCUCUUACUGCUCUCAAGCGGUCUCCGCGUUACGAUUCUCUCUUCUCCGGCAUUUGUUAUCUCUCUCUUCCUUGACUGCCCCGGCGUUCUCUAUUUACCAUGGGGGAAGGAGAGAGCAUAUUGGAAGCCAUUUAUGAAGAAGAUGACUUGGUAGAUGGUGAAGAUGUUGAGAUGAUUGAUGUAGAAGAAGGAGAAUGUGUGGACAAGGAAUCACAUAUUGGUUCUGGAGGUACUGAUGUAGGACAAAGCAUCGGUGGAAAUGUCAGUUCUGUAAAUCAAGGAUCAGAGAGUAAAAACCACAGGCGAAAGGCAAAUAAGAAGAAGAAUAAGAAAAAGAGGAGAGGUCCUUUGUCAAAUGUGACAGAUGUAAACAGGUUUGUGCUGGACACGUGUCGACGUUUAAAAGAGAAAAAGUCCUACAUGGUAUAUAACGCUGUAGGCUGUCUUGGUGUUUCUGCACUUAGUGAUAUUGUCAAUGAGGUGGAUGCAAUUCAGUCUUGUGGAGGGCAGAUGACUGCUGAUGGCAGACGUUUACGCACAGGUGGUGGAAUAUUAUGGAACAUCAUUAAAGCACGAGAACCCAUGGCUUACAAAGAGAUAAUGAAAAAGGCAAAGGAAUUUGAGAAGCAAUUUAGGCAACAAACUAUCAGAAAAGCACCAGAGCUAAGAAAAGAUGGAUCCCCUGAAAAAACUUUCUGUGCGGUUGCUGAGAAGACCACAGUUAACGUUCCAGAUGGUUCUGAGCAGAUUUCUCGAAAUCAAUGUGAACCAUACAGCGUUGAAGAAAAACAUAAAUCUGUUCACGACAGGAUCAGAGCACCUGUUUCGUAUGAUGACCUUUUUGCGGAGGAUCCAAAAACUGAUUAAAGUAGAAUUAAAUUUAUGAAACAUGGAAGUGCGAUACAAAAACAAUUUUGCUUUCUACUUUAUUCUGAUGGAUACAACUGAUGGCAAUGUUAAAGGAAUGGUUUUGCAAUUGUAGAAUUGUUUGGAUGCAAUGAACGAUGCAGGCCGAUCAAAUAUAUUUAGUUGUGUGAAUUUGUCAACGAGACGUUGUUCUCUGCUUAUAUAUCUGCUGUGUAUAUGUGGCUACAAAUCAUAUGGUCGACUGCUUCUUCAUCUUAAAUAGUGUUGAGAGAUUGACAAGAGACUGACUUCAGUUUGCAUCAAAAUAAAGUGCCCAUGUUCGACAA